CCUCUGUCUUUCUCUAUCACAAUCUACCGUGGUUGAGAGAAAUUUAGGCAAUGGAAUGGGAGAUGGAGCUCAAAAUAGCAAAGAUGAAUGGGAGUGAAGUGCAGCCACAAAGUCCUUCCCUAUGCUCUGAUGACAAUGGCUGCAUCAAAAGAACAGGAAAUGUUUGGACCACAAGUGCCCGCAUAAUCACAGCCGUGAUCAGCUCCGGCUUGCCAUUCCUGGCGUGGGCCAUUGCCCAGCUGGGAUGGAUAGCUGGGCCCACCGUCAUGUUCCUGUUCUCCUUAGUGUUCUACUACACUGCCUCCCUCCUUGCUGAUUGCUACCAGUCAGGCGAUCCUGUUACCGGCAAGAGAAACAACACUUACAGCGAUGCUGUUCGGGCUAACCUUGGUGGAGUUAAGGUUAAGAUAUGUGGUGUGAUCGAAUACCUCUAUCUGUUUGGUGUGGCUAUUGGUUACACGGUCACAGCGUCGAUUAGCAUGAUGGCGAUCAAAAGGUCCAACUGCUUCCACAAGAGUGGAGGGAAGCACCCGUGCCAGUUAUCGAGCAAUCAUUACAUGAUCAUGUUCGGCAUCUCUGAAAUCAUCUUCUGUCAAAUUCCCAUCAUCAACCAGAUUUUCUGUCUCUCUGUUGUUACAGCCGUCAUGUCCUUUACCUACUCAUCUAUCGGCCUUGGUCUCGGAAUUGCCCGGGUUGCAGCUAGGAGCAGCUUCAAAGGCAGCCUGACUGGAAUAAGCAUUGGCACAGUCACACAGACUCAAAAGAUCUGGAGGAGCUUCCAAGCCCUCGGUGACAUUGCAUCCGCCUACUCUCAUUUGACAAUCCUCAUUAAGAUACAGAACACCAUCGAAUCCCCACAUUUGGAGUCCAAAACCAUGAAGAAGGCAACCCUCCUCAGCAUCACCAUCACAACGGCCUUCAAAAUGCUCUGCGCUUGCAUGGCCUACGCUUCGUUUGGGGACCGCACUCCCAGCACCCUCCUCUCUGGCUUUGGCUUCCACAACCCCUUCUGGCUUCUCGACAUCGCCAAUGUGGCACUCAUCAUCCACCUUGUCAGUGCCUACCAGCUCUGCUGCCAGCCCCUGCUCGCAUUCGUCGAGAAGUGGGCAAUUCAAAGAUUCCCCAACAGUGAAUUCAUCACGAGGGAGAUCCCGAUCCCAUUUGGCAACCGCCCCUACAAACUCAGUCUCUUCCGUCUGGUGUGGCGGUCCACCUUCGUAGUGGUCACCACCAUCAUCUCCAUGCUUCUCCCAUUCUCCACGGACGUCUUUGGCGUUGUCGGCUCAUUUGGGUUUUGGCCACUUACCGUCUACUUCCCUGUAGAGAUGUACAUUGCCCAGAAGAAGAUACCCAAGUGGAGUGCCAAGUGGGUGUGCCUCCAGAUCUUCAGCUUGGCCUGCCUCAUCAUCUUGGUAGCAGCCAUGGUGGGGUCCAUUGCGGGUGUGGUCAUUGAUCUGAAGACCUAUAGACCAUUCAAGACCAAGUACUGAUCAGUGUCCUCAUGAGAGAAUGCUGGUUGCAUUCUUUAAGCCAAGAAAAAAGAAAGGAUUUUUCCAUGUAGCGGCUCACCUUUCUUUCGGUCUAUGCACUGAAAACCUCCUGCUUGUAAACUAUUUCUGAAAAACAGCCCACAUUUUACACGGU